AUGAAAAUCAUAAAAUUAUCAAUUCGUAUUUUGUCAAUACUCUUGGUAUUUGUGUUGAAUAUUGUGAAUCCAAUUGUGGAGAUUAAUGGCCAGGUUAUAACUGUGGCGGUGGCCACUUCCAGUUCGUUUAGUAAUGGCAAUCGUGGACAAUCCUUUGCUACGGCCAAUUCCAAUUCUGUGGUGAAUAUAAGGAAUCAGGGUAAUAGACAACCCCAACAGCAACUACAACAGCUACGACCCGGAUUAAAUCAAAUUAAGAAACCAAUUCAGGGACAACAUGUAACGCAGGGUAGUGUACAUAGACCCCAGCUUAAUCAGAACAAACCACAACAACAUCACAAUAAUCAGCAAGGCCAUCAAAGACCUCAUCAGCAACAACAACAACAUAACAAUCAAGAUCAGUUACUGGCAAAUCCGCAACUAAACAUCUACGGUCAAUAUCUGACAGGAUAUUAUCCGAGACCACCAUAUAAUCCCUUCGGGUAUCAACAACCAUUUUUACCCACAUAUCCCCACCGACCAAAUCCAUUUGCACCACCACCUCAAAUAGGAUUGGGUGAAAUACCCAAUUCUGGUCUGGGACAAAUUCCCAAUUCUGGCCUAGGUCAAAUACCCAAUUCUGGCCUCGGUCAAAUACCCAAUCCUGGACUGGGUCAAAUACCAAAUGCGGGAAUAACAGAUCCCUUUGAUCCAAAUAUACAAAUACCCAACAACAAUGUACCGCCGGCUUUCAACAUACAAACACCCCCGGGACAGAUUGGUCAACCACUGAAUGGCAACCCCACCUUGGGACAACUUGUUCAGACACCCAAUCAACAGCUUACACCAAAUGCCAAUAUACCACCUUUUAACGUUCAAAUACCUUCCGAAAAUCAACAGCCAAACAGCAAUCCCUCAUUUGGUAUUGUGCAGACACCAAAUCCGAAUUUACAAGGCAGUCUAGCACAAUUACCCACCACCGGUAAUACUCCAUCGUUGGGCAAUGGCGGGAUUCCACCCAACAAUCAAUUAAAUCCCAAUGUAAAUCCCCCAUUUGGCAGCAUACAAACACCCAAUCCAAAUUUAAAUUGCCAACUUCCAAAUUCUCCAAAUUGCAAUUUGGGUUCCAAUCAGGACGUACUAAUUUCACAAAAUGUCGACAAUCCCCUGUUUGAACCAAAUCCGCCCGCAACAAAUAACAACAACAUAAAUGGUCCGGUUCUAAGUCCUAUGCCACCAACCACCAUGAAACCAGUAACAGAGACUUCCACUAUUUCUCAAAGUUUAAUAGAAGCAAUUUUUACACCAAAAGCCACAACCCCAUCAAUAAGAACAACAACAACCACAAGACAACCUUCAAUAAAUCCCGAUGCCAUUGUUAAUCCAGAUUCACCAAAUUAUCAUAAAACUCCCAUUGACGAAACGGAGGAAUACUAUCCCGGCAUUGAUGUUAGAAUAGGAAACUAA